AUGGUUUCUCACUCUAUAGGUAGCGCGCUUGAAUACGCGUCGAUGGACGACUACGUUGACACCCUCAAUACGCGGCUGACGGCCCUAUCGGCACAAGAGUGUUAG